AUGUCAACUUUGGAAGAGUUGAGAAACUUUCACAACGACCGGCUCUUUCACGAACUUGUAUCUCGAACAACGCUUCUGGUUGUGGUGGAAUCAGCAGUGAUGGCUUUCGUAGCACUGAGCGCUUUCCUUGGAAACAUAUUGGUGUGUGUAGCGGUCACUCGAAACCCGCGUCUCCACACACCCACGAACGUUCUGAUCUGCGCUCUCUCUGUGACCGAUAUCACAAUGUCGGUGUGUACGAUGCCUCUAACCGUUGGUGUGCUGAUAUCGGGGCGCUGGAUCUACAGUAAAGAAGUGUGUCAAUUUCAGGGAUCGUUCCCUCUGACAUUGGCGGUUAUAUCGCUACAACUCAUGGUUGUCAUUGCCAUCAACAGAUACCUUUGUGUCGUCAAACCCAAUUUGUAUCGCCGGAUUUUUACGGUGAAGAAAUCUAUUGGAUUCGCCGUGGGUGUUUUCUGCUUUGCAUGCCUUCCAACCCUGUCUCCGAUGUUUUACGCUCGCGACGAUUUCACGUUUCACCCGGGAAAAGCAUACUGCGCCUUCGCCAUGGAGCAGAAUUUCAUCUUCGCCCUCUGCAUGGGAAUGGGGUUUAUCAUGAGUCCUUUUAUCAUCAUGUCAUGCCUGUAUUGCCGCAUCUAUUGGUCGGUACGUCGCGCAGUUUUCCCUCAAAGCGGCAACGCCGACUCAGAAAGCCAAAGAAAUGCACACGUGCAGGAGGUGAAGGUCACCAAAACUCUGGCGGCUGUCCUUAUUGGCUUCUCUCUUUGUUGGUUUCCAAUAAUGAUCAUCGACCAGAUCGACUUUACCAACGGCGCGCCAAUGUUGCCGAGGCAAGUUUAUUACUUUUACGGUUUGUCAAUUUACAUGUCCUCCGCCAUCAAUCCUGUUCUGUACGGACUCCUUAACAGGUCAUUUCGCAUCGAAUACAAGAAAAUCAUCACUUGCAAGUCUUCAUGAACUCUUCAGUAAAUUUUAGCGGCAAACUGUAACGUUGAUUCAUGCAUAUCCGUGUACUUAAAGCCUGAAAAAACUCGUUGUAGAUUCUUAUUUUAAAAGCUGCCGCUGUCGUGGAACGCAGUAUGUUUGUAAUUAUGAUAAAACAGCCGGAGUGACCAUAAGAAAAACUAAAAGAAAAUAAUUGAGACUUUUUUAUUAAUGACAAGUCUAG